GCGCAGCAGCAGGAGCAUAGUCGAGCCUUAACAGCCGUCGUGAAAACACCUCUAUAAACAACGCACAACUAAAACCACCAGAUCUUGAAACACCAAUCAUGGCACCCUCGAACAUGGAUUACCACAACGAGUCGGAAGUCGGCGAGAGCUACACCCACAAGAAGUUCAAGACCGCGGGAUAUACGCACAAGAAGUUUGGCAAGAAGAGCUCCAAGGAUAUCGUCCCCACAGCCAACGCCACGCCCCUUUUCCGGCCAUACGCCCUCAGCGAAAAUACACCACGCAAGCGGCGCCAGGAGACGGAGCGGGAGGUUCUCCAGCAGCAGCAACCAUUGCACCAUUACCACUCAUUGCCUCCCACGCCACCCACCACACCACCCCAGCUCCAGCAGCAUCCGCUUCCGGCCACCCAAGUUCCUGUCUCCCAAGUUCCGGUCACCCAUUCACCAAUCUUCAAUCAUCAGGCAUACGCCUACAUGCUUCAAAAGCAACGCGCCGUGCUCCAGAUGCGCCAACUGCUCAACAUCAACCCGGAUGCCAACACCUGGCCACUGGAAUGGCGCCAGGCCCUCCAGGCUCUGCUGCAGCAAUGAGCUUGAUGCGCACAUGAAUACAUUCAAAACGGAGUGAUUUGCCUAGCAACCAGUGAUAUAGACCUUUAAGUGACCGCGGACAAAUUGUACAAUAUGGACGGAAGCGAAAUCGUAGCGUAAUUGUAGAUAACAUUACUUUUAAUCGAAAUAAAUAUGUUUUUCAUCAUAAAGUUAAUCAAAUUGUUUUGUGUUCUAAAGCCAUUCGGUACUACUAAUUUCGAAUUCACAAAAACUGCAGCAGCUC